AUGGCCGCUUCUCCCACCUCUUGUGUUGACAUAAGUAUCCCAGAUCACUCCACACUUCUCACAACGUUUGGACUGUUGACAAAAUUUCGAAUUCAAGUGAUGAUUGAAGCAAUUUUCGUUGUUAAAGCUCUUGGAGCACCCGUUACAUUUUGUGGAAAAAUUGUUCCUAGGAGGGCAUGGGAAGAGUGGCCCUAUUCUGGAGCAAUUCAAACAUUUUGCUCGGCAUGUGGAAGAGUGUACUUUAGGAUGAGAGUAAACUGUUUCACAUUCCAAACAAUAAGGCUGACUAAAGAGCCCACCGGUGCAAGUAACUCCAUUGAAAUGGGAGCCAUCAAAGUAGAGGAGCAGUGGUGA